AUGCACGCAUCGGAUAGCUCAGUGGUUUUAGUGGUCAGUCAUAUUGCCAAACGGAGCUAUUUGAUUGGCUGUUGGCGCGACCUGUACUGCUUGGCGCGCUGGCUGCGGAGGCUCGGUGCCGGGCUGGCGGACCGGGAGGGCUCGGCGACGUGCAAGUCUGUCUUCUGGCGUCGGGCGCCUAACGCGAAGCCGGGGCUCGCCGACGUGGCGCAAGCCGGACGCAUGGCGGAGGAUUGUCACGGCGCGCACGCACACGCUAGACUGAGGCCCGCAGCGCGCGCGGCCGCCUCCGCCGCACCAGCACGAGAAUCAGAGCCCGCCGCCGCGACCCUACCCGCUGAUGCC